AUGGCCUUAUUUGCCUGCCUUCGGGACUCAAACAGCUCUCCCUACCUGCAAUACAUCAACACCCUGACUUCAUGGUUCGACAGCAGCUUCCUGGAUCUCAACAUCGCCAAGACCAAGGAGAUGUGGCUAGGAAGCAGCAGGAGAGGAGGUAAUAAAGACUCUGUGCCCACCUGCAAGCCAAUCAGCAUGAAGGGAGACAUUCAAAUGAUCCAUGCUAACAAAAGAGUGCGCUCUGAGGAACAACAAAACAAAGAGUGUCAGAAGUGCUCUUGCCAGACAACUAGAGAGAAACACGAUGAAUCCCAGCGUUCGGGAACGUUUGAUGAACUCCCUGCUGCUGCAAAUCAGCAACUGUCUGAUCUCAAGGAUCAUCAAAUGAUUCAUAGAGAAAAGUCACAUCAGUGUUCUCAAUGUGGAAAAACCUUCGGCAGAAUGUGUCAUCUCAAAAGUCAUCAAAAGACCCAUACUGGACAAAGGCCAUAUCAGUGUUCUCAAUGUGGAAAAAGCUAUAGCCGAAUGUUUAAUCUCAAGAAGCAUCAGAUGAUCCAUACUGGAGAAAAACCAUACCGUUGUUCUCAGUGUGGAAAACACUUUGGUCAAAUGUCUGAUCUCAAGACACAUCAGAUGAUCCAUACUGGAGAAAGGCCACAUCAGUGUUUUCAAUGUGGAAAGGCAUUUGGCCGAAUGUCUCAUCUCAAAAGUCAUCAGAUGAUCCAUACUGGAGAAAAGCCACAUCAAUGUUCUCAAUGUGGAAAACACUUUGGUCUAAUGUCUAAUCUCAAGAAGCAUCAAAAGACCCAUAGGAGAAAAACAUAUCCUUGUUCUCCGUGUGGAAAAAACUUUGCUCGAAAGGAUGAUCUCAAGACACAUCAGAUGAUACAUACUGGAGAAAAGUCACAUCGGUGUUCUCAAUGUGGAAAAACCUUCGGCAGAAUGUGUCAUCUCAAAAGUCAUCAAAAGACCCAUACUGGACAAAGGCCAUAUCAGUGUUCUCAAUGUGGAAAAAGCUAUAGCCGAAUGUUUAAUCUCAAGAAGCAUCAGAUGACCCAUACUGGAUUAAGGCCACAUUAG